AUGUCGUCCAGGCGAGAUAACGAUGAUUCUAUCGGACAGAAUGGCAAUAUUAGUAACUUCUCGGAAUCAAUGAACAUCAUUCUAGGAGAGCCGCAGAGUCAACGUUACGAGGAAGAGGAUGUCAUCGACGAGCUGUUCAACAAUGAGAAUGAGGACGUGGAAGAUGAAGAAGGGGAAAACUUGUUUGGAGAUGACAUGGAAAGGGAUUAUCGAGCACAACCUGAACUUGACAUUUAUUCACGACGUCUGGUAUGCCCAGACGAAUGGGCCUCGGAUAUAGAUGAAUUAUCGAUAAGUGGAAGGCUAGCCGCUGAAAGAGAAAUGGCACAAAGGGAUCAGAUCCUUGAUGACGAUGCGCUGUUCUACGAAGAAGGCGACGAGGAGCAGCGAGAAGAGCGAAGGAGACGUCGAGUCGCGGCAGAGGAAAGGACGGGAGAAGAUCAGGAUAGGGCGGAGGAAGUUCCCAUCGAUAUCCUGGAAAAUUUGAGGGGCCGAUCAACGAAAGAUCACGUUUCUGAUGAGGCUGUGGCGAGGGAGAUAGAAAGAAGGUUGGUCACAUAUGUAUGCGAUUCAAGAACUUCCUCCGCGCAUUCAAAGACCCCUAUCACUCGCAAAGCUAAGUACUUGAAGGCUAUGAGUCAAAUGGCAUCCGCCGAGAAUAAGGAGUCAUUGGAAGUCGAUUUUCGUGAUCUAGCAGAUGACAGUGGAGAACCUAACAUUUGCUAUUUCUUACCGGAAGCUCCAGUUCAGGUAUUGAGGAUUCUAGACAAAGCUGCGACGGAUGUUGUUCUAACAAUAUAUCCUUACUAUGGACGCGUAUGUUCGGAAAUAAAGGUUCGUAUAUCUAAUUUGCCAGUUGAAGAGGACAUUCGCAUGCUACGUCAAAUCCACCUUAAUAUGUUUAUUAAGACAAGUGGUGUGGUGACAGUCGCCACAGGGAUCAUGCCACAGUUGUCCGUCGUCAAAUAUGAUUGCGUUGCGUGCGGAUACAUCCUCGGUCCUUUUAUACAACGGGAAGAUGAGGAGGUGAAGCCAACGAUCUGCCCAUCAUGUCAAGGAAGAGGACCCUUCGAACUUAAUGUUGAAAACGGCUUCACUGUUGUUUUCGAAUGCGGCAUUUUUCAGACCGUCUACCACAACUACCAACGCAUCACGAUACAGGAAUCCCCCAAUAAGGUUGCAGCUGGUCGUCUGCCUCGUUCAAAAGAUUGCAUACUGCUUGGUGAUCUUUGUGAUUCUUGCAAGCCUGGUGAUGAAAUUGAAGUGACCGGAGUUUAUUCAAACAAUUUUGACGGUGCCUUAAAUUACAAGCAAGGAUUUCCCGUAUUCAACACACUUAUUCACGCGAAUCAUAUAUCAAAUAAAGAUAAACUUGCUUGUAGCCAGCUGACAGAUGAUGAUGUAAAGGCAAUACGUGAAUUGUCCAAAGAUCCACACAUUGCUGAGCGAAUUUUCGCGUCGAUUGCUCCAUCGAUAUACGGCCAUGACUACGUGAAGCAAGCUAUAGCGCUUGCUUUGUUUCGCGGAGAGUCCAAAAAUCCUGGAGAGAAGCAUAAAUUGAGAGGAGAUAUCAACGUCCUUCUUUGUGGAGAUCCAGGAACCGCAAAGUCGCAAUUUUUGCGUUUUGCUGCGCACACAGCUCCUCGUGCUGUGCUCACAACUGGUCAGGGCGCUUCAGCGGUUGGGUUGACCGCUUACGUUCAACGUCAUCCUGUUACUAGAGAAUGGACAUUAGAAGCUGGUGCCAUGGUACAUUUUUACUUGCUCAAUUACGUUUCAGCAGAAGUUGUUAAUUUUAUUGGCAGUAAUCACAGUAACGGUUGGACCUUUUUUAAGGUUCUUGCUGACAAGGGCGUGUGUCUGAUCGACGAGUUUGACAAGAUGUCAGAUCAGGACCGUACCUCCAUUCAUGAAGCUAUGGAACAGCAGUCAAUCUCUAUUUCAAAAGCUGGAAUAGUGACUUCACUGCAUGCUAGAUGUACAGUGAUUGCAGCUGCUAACCCGAUUGGAGGAAGGUACAAUCCUUCGCGUACGUUCGCAGAAAACGUGGACCUUACUGAACCUAUUUUAUCCCGUUUUGAUGUGCUUUGUGUCAUCAGAGAUACGGUAGAUCCCGUUGAAGAUGAGAGGCUUGCAAGAUUCGUGGUUGGUAACCACAUCAAGCUACAUCCCAAUCGCCAAGUCAGUGACGACGAAGCAAGUGAAGAGGCUACUGGUUCAGUUGCAAUAACUGUGCGUCAUGUUGAGUCGAUGAUCCGAUUGUCCGAGGCGCAUGCAAAAUUACACCUGAGAGCAUUUGUGAAUGACGAAGAUGUGCAGGCUGCGACGCGAAUUAUGCUUGAAAGCUUCAUCAACACUCAAAAGGCAUCCAUUAUGCGUCAGAUGAGAAAGACGUUCUCGAAGUAUCUCACGGCGAAUCGUUCCUCCAGCGAAUUGCUUCUGUUCAUACUUAAGCAGCUCGUCAAGGAGCAAAUGCAUUAUGAAGCUGCCAGAGGCAGAGAUAGCAAUGUUGCAUCAGUUGCUAUUGCCGAGUCGGAUUUCAUUGAGAAGACGUUUUCGAAAUAUCUCACGGCGAAUCGUUCCUCCAGCGAAUUGCUUCUGUUCAUACUUAAGCAGCUCGUCAAGGAGCAAAUGCAUUAUGAAGCUGCCAGAGGCAGAGAUAGCAAUGUUGCAUCAGUUGCUAUUGCCGAGUCGGAUUUCAUUGAGAAGGCGCAACAGUUGAAGAUCGAAAAUGUGAAGGCCUUCUACUCGUCUGACUUAUUUGCAGCCCACCACUUCACUUACGAUGACCGACUCAAGCAAAUUACUCAAGCUAUUUUCUAA